UGUCGUUUUUGAUCGGAAGUUGGACGCGUCAUUAUGGCUGACGACAUUUUAGACUUUGAAAGUAAGAAAAAGAAGAAGUCAAAGCCUCUUGUGCAUGAUUUUAAAGAUGAACCCGGUAAUCUGGGGAACCAAGAUAUUCUGGACUUUGGUUCAAAAAAAAAGAAAAAGGACAAACUCUUAAGCUUGGACGACGUGGAUAACAAAGAGGACUCACGUCAGGAACCGGAAUUUCAUAAGAAGGACCCAACAGAAAACGGCGUUAAGCAACUUACUGAAAAACUAACAGAUGAGCUCACUUUCUCAGACAAAAAGAAAAAAAAGAAAUUCAGACCGAUUGAAGUAGAUGAAAAUGGGGUUUGCGAGCCAAACAGUAUGUCUGAACUUAUCGUCAGGGAUUCAUCGGGCUAUGAUUAUGAAACGCUGUUAACACGAGUUUUCGCUCAGCUUGGUGAUUUGAAUCCUGAACUUGUAUCAGAUCAGAAAAGAAAGCUCGUAAUGGUUCCUCCUCAAAUGGCUCGUGUUGGGACCAAAAAGACUCUUUUUGUAAAUUUUUCAACUAUUUGUCGUUCUUUAAUGAGAGAUCAGUCUCAUCUCACAACAUACAUACUAACUGAAUUGGGUACUCAGGGUUCAGUGGAUGCUAACGGUGCUUUACUUAUUCGUGGACGUUAUACAAGUAAACAUAUGGAACCUGUGCUGAGAAACUACUGUAAUUAUCCCAGGUUCUGCAUCGUUAAGUUAUACAAAUCGUUGAUUUACGUAAUAUCCUGGUAAUUUGAUUCUACUGUUCUCGAUAUUUUAAUUAUGUCAAGAGAUAAACUGGUUAUUGUCAUAAACAACAUCUGAAAAUUCCAAAACGAUGGAUUUUUUGUUCGAGAAUUGAACGCUAGCAACGACAUGAUAGUGUACAAAAUGUUGGUUUCGUUUUUCACCUUGAUCCUGGUGUUGAAUCAGACUGAGAAGCCAUCCCUUUUAGUUCAGAAUAUUUUACAUCCGUAUAUUAAACAUUUUUUGUGGGAUUAGAAGUCGGAAGGUAAGGUUGUUCUUCUCAUCGUUUUCUACUAAACUCGAUAUGAGAACCUAAAACAAAGAAAUUCUUGAUGUAUAAACUACGUAAAGUGGAGUAAUGCUACAGGCAGUAGUAAAGGACAUAAACGAAAAAUGACUACGUAAACACAAUUCAAACCAUUCUUAUAAUUGUUUAUAUAACAACAAGAAAGUCGUAUUCACUUUACGUUCCUGAUAACCUCUCAAUACACUAAGUUAUGUUAGACACCAUUCCCCAAAUAUCAGUCCAUAUGCAAAGUUACGUAUCAUAUUUCUUGUGGCAUCUUCUUCUAGUUCUUGUCUCACUAAACGCCAGGGCUGAGACUGCACUGAUCGAUCGGAUUUGCAUCAACAUUCAGUCAUGUGUUGUUAGAUUAGAAGGCUCCAUCAAAAUGAGUAUUCGGUGUAAGAAACGAUGUCUUUUCUUCAUCGACAAGCUGCAUCCCGGAUGCGACCAAGGAUGAGUUUGACCACCAGUUAAUAGUUCUUCUACAAAACGUGCGUUCGACAAGUAUUGUAGUACUAGCCGUAUAUUUGAAUACACAGGUCGAGGGUCUUGGUACACAGAAAAUUCGUUUGGGUGGCCGAUGAAGACCUGUUAGUCGCAGGCCAGGUAACGGUGACCGUCUACUGCAACUUGGUGCAGACUACAACCUGUUUCAAGGCUAGCUAUUAAUCUACUGUUAGAAUUUCUCUUAUUACAACCCAGCUAUUACUAUUGCUUAGUAUUCUUUGACGCUAAUCCACUCGAUAAGUCUCCAAAUCAGCACACAGUUGAACAGGAACGAAAUUAUACUCUAAGUAACGAUGGCAGAUGGAAGUAAGAAGCACAAUAAGAGAUACGUUUGUAUAUUUAUGGUUUUUACAUGACAAUAUUCUAGAGUCUUCUCCAAGUAUCGACUGGUGUUGAUUAAAUAAGAAAUAGCCAAUCAGCGCGCACCAACACAAUCGUGUACGAAAAGUGCGGCUUCGCAAAACGUCCCGCGCAUAAGUGUUGGGUUUCUACAGACUCCUUACAACUCGUUGAAGCACGUCGAUCUACUCCGGCCAACCGCGAGUUCGACGAUAAAUGAGGAUUGUUACAUAAUAAAAUUGUGCAAAGUCUGCGCAAUGAUCCAGAAGCCUGGUAGUCGGAGUGAGCUGAGUUGGGAACAUAAGCAUCUUCUGAUAAACGCCGGAAGCUCUUCCAGCUCAUCCGAGUCACUGGCAAUAAGAAGUUUGGUGCAAAUGAAACCAUCUGUGUCCGGGAAUUAAAGUGUUUCAACAUAGCGAAACGAGUCGAUUCUUAUCCUUAUCUUCAAAAGAGUUCGCGUCACCUAUGCAACAACUAUCGAUGGAUAAGUCUACUUCCGAUUGCUUCCAAAUUAUUGGCUCACUUCAUACUUCGCAGAUUGUUCAAAACACGGGAAAGACUGAUUCGCUAGGGGCGAGUUGGUUUUCAUUUUGGUUGAGUAUGUAUUGAUCACAUAUAUUUCCACCUUCCGCCAAACUUUAGGACGCCGUCAUGCCUAUUGCAGCGCAACGCGUCGUGACAUCAGGCCCACCGUCAGUCAGUUAAACAGGACACGUUUCUAGAAUUGUCUGUUAAAGGAGAAUCUGCCUGGCAAGUUUAUUAACAUCUUGAGGGCCCCAUAUACAAACACCUCAGGCAGUGAGGGCAUACCACCACCUCUAUCAAUUGUUCCAUCCAAGCAGUGAGUUUGGGCAGGGUUGCCCAGUCAAAACAUUCCUCUCCAACUUAGCCAUCGAUAAAGUUUUAGAGACAGCUCUGAUACACGUAGGUAACGGUGGUUUUGGUUUGUAACCUGGAGAAAGACUUUUCAACCCUUAGCAUGCGGAUGAUAUUGUCUUACUGCGCGAUGAUACUCAAGUCAUACAAUCCACACUCAAUUAGUUGGCAACCAAUAUCCGUACGUCUGGCGUGUGCUCUGCACCUUCUAGGCGCAAAGUACUUUUACAAGACUAUCAGGACGCUAAACCUGCAUUCUCUCUGGGUCGUGAGCAAGACGAAGGAAGUCUAGAAGUGCGUGUAUCUGGGUAGCUACGUAAGUGCUGGCAUGUUUUGAGAUAGGUAAAACAAAUAAACCUAAAUAUGCUAUUGAUUAACGCAGUCACAGUGCAAGUUACCAACUUAACAAUAUGAAUAUUUAUUGGUGCUUUGAAAAUGUUCACAAAGUAGCCAGUUAUUAGUUUCGGUUAACUGAUUCAUAUUUUUCGUUACAGUCAACUUCACGUUUUCGUUUUAAGGAGAUAUGUUUUAUUAUAGCAUUCGGUCAUCAAACCUUCCCUAAUUACAUUUUUUAUUAUUCAUAACAUAUUCUUGCUUCUAUUUACUUUUUUGUUCAGGAACUUACGUUUUGUGUGGUACCUGCCAGUCUUCUGAAACAGACCUAUGCAAAGACUCAAGACUUCUUUUCCUCCACUGUCGGCGAUGUGGAUCUCGUUUCACCGUAAAAACAGUGACUUCCGGAUUCCAAGCACUGACAGGGAAACGUGCUGCUUUGCGGGCAAAAACACAAUGACGAUACGUUAACUGUUCCGGAUUUUUUACCUAAAGCACAAACUAUCGAAAUAAAACGCUAUUUUAUUUCCAGUAGUAUUCUUUC